UUUCGUUGCUGGUUCUCCUUCAACAGCAAGGAAAAGAAUUAGCAUGGUUACUACUAAAACUUCAUUAUCCUUGUUCCCCUCUACCAUUCUCCUCGCCAGAGGCAGCAGAGGAGAUAUCCCCUUUUUAUCCUUGUCUACCACUUUCUGCUUCCCCUCCUCAAGUCGACUGGUUUCUCAAUCUCCAUCUCCAUAUCCAUCAGUGGCAGCAGCUGCGAGGAAUACAACAAAUGCAAAUACAAACCCUAGAGGCCGUGAUGUUGUUAAAAGAAAAAAAGACGAAGAAGAGGUACAAGCAGUAGAAGAAGAAGAAGAAGAGAAUCUGGUGGGUUGGAUGCAGAUGAAGGCGGUUGACCUAGUGGGUUCAGUGACGCAGGCAAUCCCUGGGCCGAGGGUCGGCCGUAGCUCCAUGCCUUGGAUUGUCGCCAUUCCCUUGGCUUACGUCUCCUUCUCCUUGCUAAUCGCCAUCCUAACCACCCUCCACAACUUCACAUCUCCCAAGGCCAGGCGCCGCUUUUUGGUCAAUAAAAAUGCUAUGCUUUGUAAAUCAAUUGACGAGUUGCUUGAGAAAGGAAGAGAUGGAGUACAACAAUCAACUUUGGAAGGACUGAUGCAGAAGACUGGUUUUGGUGGGGGGGAUAUUUUGCGGAAAUAUAUUCGUUAUGCUUUAAAUGAGAAGCCGUUCAACCGAAAUUUGGUUGAAAACCUGAUCUGGCUCAGGGAAGCUUCUUCCUUGGAUGUUUCGCAAGUUGCUCAAAUUUUAAAUGUGAUCUCUAGACGAAUUGUUACAGACAAAGGUAUGGUUGUCAUGGAUAUGUCGGGAUACUCUGAAAAGGGUAUCAAGAGAAAAAUUGCUGUCCAAACUCUUUUUGGAAAAGUUUAUUAUCUGUCAGAGCUGCCAGACUUUUGUUCACGGGAUAACUCCUUAAUUGUGAAAGAAAUAUUUGGAGUUGCAGAUGAAGAUGCUGAAAAGCUUCGUAUGCACCCUCUCUUCGAAGCUGGCGAUGUGGAUUCACUAUUGAAGAUGAUCAAUGAUGGUUCAAAUUUGGGAGAGCAUUCCCCUGACCUCUCAUCCAAUGCUCCUUGAUUCAGAUAUUUACUAGAAGACAAAAUCCCCCACCCCAGAUUAUGGCCUCUAAUGUACUUAUAAUAAACACAUAUCCGAGAGUAUCUAGAGCAUAAGAAUCUUGUUGAGCGGAAGGUUAACUUCGUUUUUGGUUUGAACUAGAUUGUUAACUUUUACCUCACAGUAAAUACUUAAAAAGUGUCUGCCUAA